AGUGAUUAAUAAUCAAAGCAAUUUUCGCAGUCGUUGCUUCGGAUAUUUUCAAUGGCCAGAAGAAAAGAGCAAGAAUUUAAAUGUAUAAACAUACAUUGCUCGCAUCUAUCAUUUGCCUCUUUCAAGAGAUAUAUGAGUCAUGUUCGAGAUUAUCAUGUUCAUGAACCCAAUUUCAAGAUUAAAUGUCCGUUUGACUCGUGUUGUCGGUCCUAUUCACUGAUAUCGUCUUUAACAUCUCAUAUGCGUCGAAAACAUAAAGGUGACCUUGAUUAUGCAGUUGAUUGUGAAGUCAAUGAUAUGAACGGCGAUAUUACGCAAGACAAUGACCAUCUAGUGGCAGACUCGACACUGGACUCAAUUGAGAUAGGUUGCAACAACAAAUAUAAUACGUAUAUUUCAGUCAAGGAAAUGGCAUUGUUUGCUUUGAAGACACAGGAAUUCAAUCAACUUGGUGACACUGCAACGGAUGCAGUGCUUGAAAAUACUUAUCAGUUAAUGGAGCAAAACGAGGACUAUUUUAAAAAGCAAGUUAAAUUAUGCAUCGAGCAUUCCAGUGUUGACAUUAAAGAUAUAAAGUGUUUCGAAGAAUUACUUGAGUCACCACCCUCACUUUCUGCAUCAAAAAAAGUAUUGCAGACAUCAAAGGAUAGAAACAAGUAUUUAAGGGAAACAUUAAAUAUGGUGGACCCAAUUGAAAUAGUGCUUGGAGAAGAGGUGGUAACUUCUGAAGUGAAUGGUCAGUUCCGAGUGAAAAAACACUCCUUUCAGUAUAUUCCAAUAAUAAAGGUCUUGGAGCAAUUGCUUAAUCAAAUUGACAUCAUGUCACAAGUUCGUAACCCUCACCAAAGUUUAGAAACAAAAGCCCGAAAAGUUUAGAAAAGGAUAGAAAAGUUUAGAAAGUUUAGAAAAGGUUUUGAUAUAUCAAAUCUUUUACAGUUGGUUAAUUAAUAAAUAAUGAAUUUAAACAUUAAAAAUGAUGUAAAUAAUAAAGUAACACUUCGCGCCCCAUAGUAGACCAUAGACGUUUAACAUUAAAAGUAAUCGUAAUAA